AUGUCCCAGCACAGCAUCAAGCUCAACGACGGCAGGGAAAUUCCCUGGCUAGCGUUCGGCACAGGCACUGCUCUCUAUACCAAGGACGCGGAGGACGCCGUCACUGCCGCCAUUCGCAAAGGCUUCGUCCACCUCGAUGGUGCGCAGAUGUACAAGAACGAAGAUUCGCUCGGCAAGGCGAUCGCUACCGCUGGGGUUCCACGCGAGAAGCUGUUCGUAACGACGAAGUUGGCCCAGCUCAGCCAGGGACAGACCGUCCGGGAGAGCCUCCUCAAGUCGCUCAAGAGGCUGCAACUGGACCAUGUUGACCUCUUCCUCAUUCACAUGCCCACCUGGUACGAAGGGAGGCUGAAGGACAUCUGGAAGCAGUUUGAGGCUCUGAAGGAGGAGGGUUUGGCGAAGAGCAUCGGUGUCUCCAACUUCCGUAUCAAGGAUUUCCAGGAAUUGGGCUUGGAAGACGGUAGCGUGCGCUUCCCUCCUGCGGUCAACCAGCUUGAGUAUCACCCAUACGUUUACAAAGCUUCGGUGCCUUUGGUCGAGUACCAGAAGAAGCACAACAUCGUGACGACGUCAUACGGAGGUUUGACUCCUAUCUUCCGCAAGCCUGGAGGGCCUGUGGAUGAAACUUUGGAAGACAUCCGCAAGCGUCUUGAGAAGGACACUGGCAAGACCGUAACGCAAGGCCAAGUUCUGGGAUUGUGGUUGCGCGCAUUGGGUAUCCCCCAGAUCACGACGACCACGAAGGAGUCGCGAUUGCAGGAAUACUUGGACACGCUCGCCCUGCCCGACCUCACUCCCGAAGAGGUUGAGGCCAUCAACACGAACGGUUCCAAGUUACACUAUCGCGCAUUUGUGCGUGUACCAAUCCGUUACGUUGACCCCUCUAAUGCCAUGCCAUUCUUCUGCAGGCCGCUUUCUUGGACAAUUAAUACUCCGCUAGGACAGUCCGCAGCGGAGUAG